AGGAGGCUACGGAGGAAGAGGAGGAGGCGGUUACAGGGGCGGAAGAGGAGGUUCCAUUGGAGGCGGUAGUGGUUACCGAGGAAGUGGUUUCGGAGGAGGAAGAGGCGGAGGUAGGGGCUACGGAGGAGGUGGUUUUGGAGGAGGAAGAGGAGUCUCAGGUUACGGAGGAAGAGGGGGCGUCAGAAGAGGAGGUGGUUACGGAAGUUUCGGAGGUCGAAGAGGCGGAGGUAGAGUCGGCGGAGGCGGCAGUGGUGGUUUUGGAUCGAGGCAGUUUUACUUCUCAUGGCAAGACGGCAACCAGAUGUACACCUGGGGAGAGGCAUACCAGCGGUGCAACUCCCGAAGGAUGAGACUUGUCUCACUGGAUAAUCCCGACAAGGAUUACUACAUUUCCUCCGAGAUUGAUAAGUACAGGAUCGAGUUCAUCUGGACGUCGGGCCGCCGAGGUCCCGGUGGCCAGUUCGUGUGGGGUCACGGUGGGCCCGUGGGCGGGUACACCAACUGGGGCCGGACUGGCGGCGCGGGCACACCCCAGCCCGAUAACCGCGAGGGCCGGGAAGAGUGCCUGGCCGUUCUGAACAGGUUCUACCCGGGAGACGGCAUCACCUGGCACGACAUCGCCUGCCACCACAAGAAACACUUUGUCUGCGAGCAUUACUAAGGUGCUCGGAGAAAUAUCAUGUGCCAGUCAUAAUUGUGCGGUUCAGGCCGACUGUGUGUGUGUAUAAGUAGUGUCGAAGGUUUUGUUUCUUCCGUGUCGAUGUUGUAAGUUGUGAUCUGUGGUUUUGGAGUUACAUCUAUACAUUGAUAAGCGUUAUUUAUCGUGUUCGCUCAAUCAAAUGCUCGGUUCAGUCUCCCUUGAUUAUGUCAUGUCUUCUGUAGAUGAGUGAAAAUACAAUAAAAUGAUA